GUAUGGUUGUUGCAUUGGGGGAAACUGCAUAUGGAGAUCCGAGUAUAACCUCUUCAUAUAACGUAGACAUACACCAAGAUGUCAUUAUUCUGCAGUCUGGAAUAUCGCUAAAUUUCGAACAAUUAAAUUUCCCAUUGGGUCUUAAAUAUAUAAAAAAAUUUGAAAUGAACAACCCAGAGAUUAGCGUAAAUGUUUUCGGUUAUGAAAACAAGUCGGUCGUUGGUCCAUAUUACUUAACAAAGGAGACGAAAAGCAAUCACAUUAAUUUAAUAUUGCUGCACAACGAAGAAAAUUUCCAUUACAUUUUGGUUAUGGAUAUGUCUUGUCUUAUGCGGUCUCAAUUCACAAGUCAUAAGGAGAAAGGUUACUUUUGUUUUGGAUGCCUGCAAUGUUUCCACGAUGAAAAUAAAUGUAUGACUCACAAAAAGCAGUGUGGAAAAGUAGUCUGUGCCCUGCCGAACAAAAAAGAAGCCGUACUAAAGUUCGUCAAUCACAAGAAAAAGGAUAAGGUGCCUUUCGUUAUUUAUGCUGACUCCGAAAGUGUACUGGAAGACGUGCAGGAAGAUGAGAACAAUGGGGCGAGUAAAAAAACGGAAAAGGUAAAGAAGCAUAUUCCAUGUGCUUUUAGUUAUUUUAUUAAAUGUAGUUUUAAUGAAAAUUUAAAUAAGUUAUUUAUAUAUAGUGGUCCCGACGCAGCAAAUGUUUUUCUGAAAGAACUAAUUCAGGAUUGUAAAUUUUUGUAUGAUAGUUACCUAACCAAAACGAAACCUAUGAAUACUCUAACCCCCGAAGAAGAGACAGCCUUUCUUAGGGAUAUCAAUUGUCGUAUAUGUGGCGACAUUUUAGGUAACGAUAGGGUGAAAGAUCAUUGUCACUUAACGGGGCAAUAUCGAGGUGCGGUACAUAACCAUUGCAAUCUGCAAUAUCAUCUACCUAAAUUUAUUCCAAUAUAUUUCCACAAUUUUUCUUCGUACGACUGUCACCUCUUCUUUAAAGAGUUAGUUGAAUUUGGAGGUGAAAUAAGAGUCAUACCUCAAAACAAAGAAAAAUAUAUUUCAAUGUCUUAUUUCAUUAAUAUGGAUAACGAGUCAACCGACUCUAGUUCUUUAAAAAGUACAGUUGUUGUAGGAGAAGAAGAAGAUUCGAGUGAGGAAGAUGAUGAGGAAUUCCAGCAAGAAGAGGAAAGUGAGGGCAAAAAAGAGAAGAAAAAGAAAAUGAAUAGAUUAGAGCAUCGUUUCUUAGAUAGUUUUCGAUUUAUGCCUACUAGUUUGGAUAAAUUAGCAAGGAAUUUAUCUCGAGAUUCUUUUGUUGCUGUCAGAUCUCAUUUUCCUGAUGAUGAAUCAUUUGAACUUAUGACUAGGAAAGGAGUAUUUCCCUACGAAUAUAUGUCAUCAUUUGAAAAAUUGAAGGAGAAACAACUUCCCCCUAUAGACCAAUUUUAUAAUAAGUUGACCGAUACUGAAUGCUCGUCAGACGAUUAUAGGCAUGCAACAAAUGUUUGGUCACAUUUUCGAUGUCAAACUAUGCAAGACUACAUGGAUUUGUACUUAAAAGCUGAUGUCUUGCUUUUAGCAGACGUAUUUGAAAAUUUCAGGAGCUUAUGUAUGCGAAUUCACGAACUGGACCCUUGUCAAUAUCUCACAGCACCAUCUCUAUCUUGGGAUGCAAUGCUACUAUGUACUAAAGUCGAACUUGAGCUACUCAGAGAUAUAGACAUGUACAAUUUCUGCAAAAAUGGUAUUCGGGGAGGGCUUACCCAGUGCUCAAACAGACACUCGGUAGCAAAUAAUGAAGAUGCUCCCAAUUAUAAUAGUGCCAAACCAGAGGUAAAUAUCUAUUAUUUGGAUGUAAAUAAUUUAUAUGGUACAGUUAUGACUGAGUGUCUCCCUGAAAAAGAUUUUAGAUGGGUGGAGGGUUAUGAAAUGGAGAAAUUCAAUGAUCCAGCUGUAAUAUUAUCUAUUCCUGACAACGCUCCUACUGGUUUUAUUUUAGAGGUUGAUAUUGAAUAUCCACCGCACCUUCACGACAAACAUAACGAUUUACCUUUUUUGGCGGAGAAAAAGUGUGUUGAAGGCUCAAAAACUGAAAAACUGAUUGCAGAUUUUACUGACAAAACAUCAUACACCAUACACUACAAAUUACUUAAGCAAUCUCUGAAACAUGGACUAAUUCUUAAGAAAGUCCAUAGAGUUUUGGCUUUCACACAAAGCGCUUGGUUAGCUCCUUACAUACUGAAGAAUAAUGAACAUAGGGAAAAGGCUGAAAAUGCCUUUGAAAAAGAUUUUUUUAAAUUAUUGAAUAACUCUUCAUUCGGUAAGACAAUGGAGAAUAUCGACAAAAGAAAAACUGUGAAAAUUGUGACAAUGUGGGUAGAUGAGGCAAACCAAAGAAGAAGGAAUGUUGCUAGUAAAUUAAUCUCGAAGCCAAAUUUUCACAGCCUUUCGAUAUUCUCCGAAAAUAUGGUUGCUAUUCAAAUUAGGAAUGUCAGAGUAAAAUAUGAUAGACCAUUGUACUUAGGGUUCUGCAUAUUAGAUUUAUCAAAGUGGCGUCCCGCUAAAAAGUAUAAAAUGAUUGUUUACAACACGAAGCGAUUUAUUAGAAAGAAACACGUUCAAGGAGGAGGACUGGUAAAUAAGUUGAUUAACUCUUUACCCGUUGAACUUCAUUUACCAGGAUAUCAAUUUUGUGGACCUGGAACAAAGCUAGAAAAACGUAUUCAAAGAGGAGAUCAAGGUAUUAAUCCAUUAGAUGCAGCGUGUAGAGCACACGAUAUUGCCUAUUCACAAAAUAAAGAUAUUGAACAACGUCACAUUGCUGAUCGUGAACUAACUGAACGGGCUUGGGAGCGACAACAACGACAACAACAACAAGAACACAAAAGCAAUUCAAGGCAACAAAAGCAAUUUGAGGAAAAUAUGUGUGGGCGUUUAUUUGGCAGACAGGAGCGUGGGCAAAAGGGGGAUUUCCACAUGAGUGAAUUAAGGAUUUCUAGAAAAUACUAUUCCAAAUCGUAA